UUCUCAAUUUUCUCGAGCAUAUAUAUACGAAUGUUUCAACGCCAAACAGCCCUUAAGUAACCACUCUCUUAAUUUUGGCUAGUUGAGUUGAAUGCAGAAUCAGAUUUUCUUUUCAUUUUCUCAAAAUCAGAUUAAAUCUUUUUCUCUCUCACCAGAUCUUGCAUUUCUUCUCCGAGAAGAUCAGUUUUUUUCUGAUCCGAUUCUCAACUAAUCACUCUCUUUCAGAUCGAAUUGUUUCAUCUCUUGCUUCGAUAAUCGACUCAUCUUGAUAAAUUUCUUCUUUUCUUGGAUCAAAAGGGGGGGAAAUGGGAGAAGUUGAAGAGGAGCAGAGAUAUGUGUGCAGAAUCUGCAGCAAAAGCUGCGUUAGCGGGAAGUCAUUGGGAGGCCACAUGAGGGUUCAUUUAUCCCAAAUUGCAGCUUCCAAAAAAGCAGCUGCUCAAGAAAAACUAGUUGGGAUCAAGAUGGUGUGCGAUGAUGAAGAUGAUGAUGAUGAUCAUCAGCUCAAUCAAUCCAUCAGUGAAGAAGUGGAAGAAUUGGGAGAUGGUGGUGAUCAGAGCAAUGCCAGCUACGAGCUGAGGGAGAAUCCGAAGAAAUCUUGGAGGAUUUCUGAUCCCAAACACGCAAAGGCUGCGAAUUCCUGCAGGGAAUGCGGCAAGGAAUUCGCGUCGUUGAGGGCUCUCUCGGGCCACAUGAGGUGCCAUUCGAUCAAGAACAAGAAGGAGGUGCAUUCGUGCAAGGAAUGCGGUAGAGGGUUCGACUCGAUGAGGGCCAUGUUUGGUCACAUGAAGAGCCAUUCUACUAAGAGAGGGAUGGUGAAGGUGCCUAGUGUUGUUGAGUCUGGUGAGAGUUUGUCGGACUUCUGCCCGAUUCGGAGGAAGAGAUCCAGGAUUAAGUACAAAGGCACUGUCAAUGUGGAUGUGUCUCAUUGUGGAGUCUCUGAUCUUGAGGAGGCAGAGGAAGCUGCUAGGUGCUUGGUGAUGCUCUCUAGGGGUGUGGGGAGUUUCUUCAAGCUUGACUCGAAUGCAGAGGAUUCUGAUGAUGAUUCUGCCUACUUUGGAGGUGUUGUUGCUAAUGCCUCAUAUGUUGAGAAAAAUGUAUCUGAAUUUGAUGAUGAUGAUGAUGAGAUGCUUAGGGUUGAAAAGGGAAUGAAGGUGGAUCUUGUGUGUGAUGAUGAAUUCUUGGAACAUGGUAUAGGCAGCAGCAAUGGAAGUGAUGAUGGUGAUGAUGAAUCUUGUUUUGAGAAUGAAAAUCUUGAAUUGAUUGAGGGUUUUGAGGAGAAGAAGCAUAGUGAAGGUAGAUUGUUGUUAUGUGCUGAUUCGAAUCAUGAUCGAUGUGGUGGAGAGAUGGAGUCGAGCAAAGGGAAGGAGCGCGAGUGCCCUAUAUGCUUCAAGGUUUUUGCUUCGGGUCAAGCCCUAGGUGGCCACAAGAGGGCUCACUACAAUGGAGUCGUUGAAGGCAAGAAUCGCGAGAUGUUGGACCUCAACUUCCCGGUUCCUGCUGAUUCAGGCAGCCUCAGCUCAUGGUUCGCUGAAAGGAGCCGCGGGCACGAGGCUAUGCUGCUCACUACUUGAGGUGGAUGCAGUGACUGUGAUUUGGUAAAUUCUUGAUUGUUAAUUCUUUUUCAGAAUUGCUCAGUGUUUUUUGAUCAGUGUCUAUCAAUGUACAUUUUCAAGUAGAGUUGGUUUUCUAAAUCAUGUUUAAAACUUGAAGUUGUUUAGUUGGAAGGAAACAUGCUUGAAUCUUGAUUA